AUGCACAUUGAGUCUAUCCCCAUGAGAUGGGGUACUGGCGACAACUACGCAUAUCUUCUAGUCGACACGCCUACAAAGCACGCGUGGUUGAUUGACCCAGCUGAACCGGAUGAAGUGGUGAAAUAUUUCGCCCAAAACGGAACGCAAUUUGAGUUGAAGGCUAUCGUAAAUACUCACCACCACUACGACCACGCUGGAGGCAACAACGACUUCCAUCGCAAGUAUCCUGAUUUGCCGGUGAUAGCAGGAAAGGAUUCUCCAGUUGUUUCGUACACGCCACUGCAUCAGGAGGUCAUUGAUUUAGGAGACAACUUGUCGAUAACUGCGCUUCACACACCAUGCCACACUCAGGAUUCCAUCUGCUACUACGUGGAAGACACCAGCACCGGAGAUCGUGCCGUAUUCACAGGUGACACGCUUUUCAUCUCCGGUUGCGGCCGUUUUUUUGAAGGAACUGGCGAAGAAAUGGAUAAAGCUUUGAAUCAUGUGUUGGGUUCGCUUCCAAAGAACACCCGGGUCUACCCAGGCCACGAGUACACUCGAUCCAACGUCAAGUUCUCCAAGACGGUGAUUGAAAAUGAGGCUAUAAAGAAGUUGGAGGCAUUUGCUAAGGAAAACGAGUAUACCACAGGAAAGUUUACUAUAGGCGAUGAGCUUGAGUUCAAUCCGUUUAUGAGGCUCGCAGAUCCAGUAGUUCAGAAGAAGACGGGAUUUGCAAAGCCAGCUGAGGUCAUGACCAAGUUGAGAGAGAUGAAGAAUAGUUUCUGA